UGUGAUGUUAGCAGGGCUGUACACCUCACACAGUGACACACAGAAGGAUAUUUCAGAGGAGAGUGAAUGCAUGCAAACAUAAGUCUGAAGAUGGAGAAAUCAACCAGUGUAUUGAUCAUUCUGAUUAUGACUACAGGAAUGGUAUGUGGAGAUAGUGUGACUCCUGACAAGAAGGAGUACACCCCCACAGAGGGAUCAUCAGUAUCUCUGAGAUGUACAUAUGAAACAAGCAGUGAAUAUGUUUCCCUUUACUGGUACAGGCAUUAUCCUAACCAGGCUCCUCAGUUUCUACUGUAUAAAGGUGCCAGAUCAUGGAGCUCUGAUGAACACAUCCCUGAUAAGAGAUAUAAAUCCACAACAUCCCGGACAUCAACUGAACUGGUCAUAACAAGCGUAACCCUGGCAGACACAGCUCUCUACUACUACACAGAACAAAGGCCAGGUUUCAUCCUGUACAUCUCAGGUACAGUGUUUAUAAAGAAAACAGAUCCUCUGAACACUCAAAUAUCUGUCAAACUCAAUGAAGAGAAAAAACAUUUGGAUCUGGAGAUCUCCUCUGCUGAAGUGACAGACUCUGCUCUGUACUACUGCACUGUGAGGCCCACAUUGAAACCUACAAACACUAACCCUGGAUCAGCUCCUCAGUAUUUCCUGCUUAUCCUGCAUGGUGUCGGGUCUCCAUCACGGGCUCCAGGUCUGGAUCCUCGACUGUCAGUCAAACUAAAUAAUGAGAAGAACCGUGUGGAUCUGGACAUCUCCUCUGAGAAAAAGGAAGAUUCUGCUAUGCACUACUGUGUCCUGACGCCCAUAGUGAAAGGAAACCUACAAGUGCAGUACAACAACCUAACCUGA